UUGUCGGUUUGUCGUUCGUCGUCAUUCCGUCAGUGAUUCAGUCAGUCAGCUAUUCAGUCAUUUCGGUCUAUCGGGGUUAUACGGUUAUAUCGGUCUAUCUUCCAAUACAUUUUCAGCCUUUCUUUCGGUUUUAGUCAGUAAUUCGGUCAAACACUUGUGUGGAGAGAUUUGUUUUGUUGUAAAUGAUGGGAGCGCGCGCUCGUUGCUCCUCUCCCUCUCCGGCGGCUGGCAGGAUGCCAAAUUAUUUAUAAAGAACCCAGGCAGGCAGGCGGGCAGGCAGGCGGGCAGGCAGGCAGCAACUAGUUAAUAAGCAGCCGAAACACACAGCAAAAGAGCGCAAUAAGAAGGAAGAGCCCAAAAGGGAGAGCAUCGAAGCAAAGAAAGCAAGGAAGCGCAAAGGAAAAGGAAAAGAAUAGGCACCAGAACGAGGAACAGCACCAGGACCAGAACGAGGACCAGGACCAGCACCAGGACCAGGGCUAGGACCCUAAAGUGGAGUGAAGAAGACGCUUCAGCCACAGGCGACACUUUCACCGUUCCAUCCAUUCCCUGUUGCUGCUACUGCUACUGCUGCUUCUUCUUCUUCUAUUUCGGCCCUGUACCGUUACACUCUACGCGCAAAAACAAACAGAAACUUUUUCGAAAUACAUUUUAGGCGCGCGCGUGUGAUUGUGUGCGUGAGACGCAGGCAAGCAGGAGAGGCAGAAAGAUAGAUAGAGAGAGAGCGAAUAAGGAAUUACGGUGCAAAAAGCUUUGGGCAAUCUGCCCCGCCGUAAGCGUCAAAACACACGCCCACGCACACACGCACACAAACACACACAGAGAGAAACUCGCCGAAAUUCCACAGGAAGAAGCGCCCGAAAAUGGUGCAAACCAAUGCAGAUGGCUGCGACUACAAGGAGCGCCUGAUAGCCAGCGUCAAGAAGGAGGUGAAGCAACUGAUGGAGGAGGCGGUGACCAAGAAGUACGUGCACGAGGAGAGCAGCUCGGUGACGUCGCUGUGCGGCGCCGUGGAGGCCUGCCUCAGCCAGGGACUGCGCCGUCGCGCCUUGGGCCUGUUCAAGACCUCCUCGACGACGGCCCUGCUGCACAAGAUCGCCAAGAGCUGCCCCGAGGCGGAGCACAUCAGCAAGCUGGUGCAGGAGAUCGAGGCCAUGGAUCCGAACAAACGCUCCUCCUCCAGCAGCGACAGCUUCCAGCGGCCGCCCAUGCUAAAGAAGAGCAGCAGCAACUCGAUGCAGUCGGCCAGCAGCAGCAGCAAUGCCAUCGGCAUUGCGUCCACCUCCUCCGUGGCCAGUGGCAGCGGCUCGAGCAUUUCGCUGGCCGGCCUGAAGUAUCUGUGGAUACGUUUGGCCCUCUACGAGAAGCGUCUGACCAAGAUCAUCGAGUAUCUGGUGGGCAAUGCCAGCAGCUACUACGAUCGCGACUCCCUGGUGGCCGACUCCGACUAUGGAUCGAUACUCAGCUCCCUGCUGGUGGGGCCCUGUGCCCUCGACUUUACCCGGGCCAAGACAGCCGAUCAUUACUGGACCGAUCCGCAUGCGGAUGAGCUGGUGCAACGGCAUCGCAUUAGCUCGGGUCGCCGCUCGUCCUCGACCUGCUCGCGGCCGGCGAUCAUUAACUUUAAGCGGAGCCUGAACACCAGCUCGGAUGAGGCCAGCACCGGGUCGUUCAAGUCAAUGGCAUCGGCCAGCGUGGCCAAGGACUAUGUGGAGUCGCUGCAUCAGAAUGCCAAGGCGACGCUGCUCUAUGGCAAGAACAAUGUCCAUGUGCUGCCCAAGGAUGUGGCCGAACCGAUGGCCGGCUACCUCAGUCUGCAUCAGCACAUCCAAACGCUGACCAUCAAGUGGACGCCAAAUCAGCUGAUGAACGGCUACAACGAGGCGGCGGACGAGGGCGAGGACAUCGACAAGGAGGCCUUCUGGGCGUACGCCCUCAACAUCAAUGUGGACGAAAUCGUUUAUGUGCACUGCCAUCAGAGCAGGGGCGAGGACAGCGGCGGCACCGUCAUCCUGGUGGGCCAGGAUGGCGUACAGCGUCCGCCCAUACACUUCCCGGAGGGCGGGCACAUGCAGCAGUUUCUGAGCUGCCUGGAGACGGGCCUGCUGCCGCACGGACAGCUGGAUCCGCCGCUCUGGUCACAGCGCGGCAUUGGCAAGAUGUUCCUCUGGCCGAAGAGCAUGCGCCGCCGCAUUCUGCCGUCCGUUAUGGAGUCUGUGGACGAGACGCCCAUCGACUAUGUCUUUCGCAUUGUCAGCAAGAGCAGGCACGAGGAAUUCGCUGCCACCCACUCGAUACUGGACUUUGUGCGGAGCACACCGCGUCGCGCACAGCUGAGCAGCUGCUCCACCACCGGCAGCAGUGACUGCUCGAACAAGAGCCUCUCCAUCGAUCAGUAUCCGCUGGAGUCGCCGCUGCUGCUGCAGCAGCAGCACGCCCAGAACACCAGCAUCGAGAUGGUCUGCUCCACGAUGCGGCGACAGAUCAUCUCGCGUGCCUUCUACGGCUGGCUGGCCUACUGCCGUCAUCUAUCCACAGUGCGGACGCAUCUGUCGGGCCUGGUGCAUGGCCGCAUAACGCCAGAAAUGAAGGCCGAUGAGGAGGGUCUGACAAGGGAGCGCUGGCAGCUGCUCAAUGUGAAUGGUGUGCUGCAGAAUGCCACUGAGUUCUAUCGCUUGGUUUACUUUGGCGGCGUGCAGCCAGAGCUGCGGCAGGAGGUGUGGCCCUAUCUGCUGGGCCACUACGCCUUUGGCUCCAGUCGCGAGGAGCGCAAGAAACAGGACGAGACCUGCAAGCACUACUACGAGACAACGAUGAGCGAGUGGCUGGCCGUCGAUGCCAUUGUGCAGCAGCGGGAGAAGGAGAAGACCGCCAGGGCGGUGGCCAAGCUCAGCUCCAGUGGCAGCAACAGCGGCAACGAGCGGACGGUGCGUGCCGCCGAUCUCGAUCUGGCGGGUGGCGAGCUGGAGAACGAAGUGUUUGAGGAUAUCUCAGACAUAUCCGAUCCGGGCGAUCUGGAGUUCGAUGACGAGCAGCGACAGCAACAUCAGCAGCAACAGCAGCUGCAGCAGCAGCAGAUCCAGCAAAAGCAACAGCAACAGCAGCAGCAGCAGGAGGAGGUAUCCGUUAGUGGCAUGCAUCUGUGCGUAAAGCCCAUUCCAAGGGCCAUGAAGACCAGCACAGACUCGGGCCAUGUGGACGAGGGUGAGAAUUUCAAUGAGCUCGAUGAGGAGGCCGAGCAGGAGCAGCAGGAGAAAAUCAAUGCCGAGCCAGCCAUAGCCAGCUGCUCCACCUCGACAGCCUCCUCCUACGAGACGGUAGGAGCCGGCGGCAACGUCCACCAGCCCAGCGACAGUCACAGUCGCAGCCGCAGCGUUCUCAGUCCGGAGUACCUCAGCGCCGAUGAUCUGCAGCUGCCCGAGGACGAGCAGGAGGAGGAGGAGGAGGAGGUGAAGCCACCGCAGCAGCAGCAACAGCAGCAGCAGGCAGCUGUCAUUAUCACCAACGCCUCGGUGGAUAUUGCCAACUGGGAGCGAAGUCCCAAGGGGGGCAACAGUCAGCAGAUGUCACCCGUCCAGGAGCAGGCGGCGGCGGCGGCGGUCCUGGAUGCCCUGCAGCAGCCAAAAUCAGCUUGCGCCUCGCCAGCCAGCUCCAAUGGCGGUGUCUACAGUAGUGAGCUGCUCGAACAGUUUGGCCUCAAUCUGCAUCGGAUCGAGAAGGAUGUGCAGCGAUGCGAUCGCAACUAUUGGUACUUUGCCAACGAGAAUCUGGACAAGCUGCGCAACGUGAUAUCCACGUAUGUGUGGGAGCAUCUGGACGUGGGCUACAUGCAGGGCAUGUGCGAUCUGGUGGCCCCACUGCUGGUCAUCUUCGACGACGAGUCGCUCAGCUACAGCUGCUUCUGCAAGCUCAUGGAGCGCAUGAUCGAGAACUUUCCCAGCGGCGGUGCCAUGGACAUGCACUUUGCCAAUAUGCGUUCCCUCAUACAAAUCCUCGACUCGGAGAUGUACGAUCUGAUGGACUCGAAUGGGGACUAUACGCACUUCUACUUCUGCUACCGCUGGUUCCUCUUGGACUUUAAGCGGGAGCUCGUCUACGACGAUGUCUUUGCCACCUGGGAGGUGAUCUGGGCUGCCAAGCAUAUAGCUUCUGGGCACUUUGUGCUCUUUCUGGCGCUGGCCCUGCUGGAGACCUAUCGCGACAUCAUACUGUCCAACAGCAUGGACUUUACCGAUGUCAUCAAGUUCUUUAAUGAAAUGGCCGAACGUCACAAUGCUCAGGCAGUGCUCCAGCUGGCCCGGAGCCUCGUUCUGCAGCUGCAGAUGAUCAUCGAGAACAAGUAGAGAGGGCGAGAACAAACAAACAAACAAAAUAUAUAAUAGUAAAUAGUAGACCAGUAGAACCAUAGCUAGCGUAUGGAUUAUGUAGAGAAUUAUUCCUAGAUCCGUAGUUCAGAUCGUCAGUCAAAUUUCGUUUGCCAAAAAUGGAUAAAAAUAAAACAAAAACAGCCAAGAAACCAAAAAAGAAAAAAAACAUCACAGCAGAUGGCAACAAGCAACAAUAAAUAGUAUGCAUAGGAGAUACGUUUUGUUUUCUCACUCGAUGUCUUCUUUAUAAAGUAUAUACAUGUACAUGCAACAUGCCACGUGCAACAUGCGACUCUAAAUGUAAACGUAACUGUAUUUAUAUGAAUGUAAGCUGUUCUUCCUACAAAAAAAAAAAACCCAAACAUUUCUCAAGCAUAUCCCCACAAAAAAAAAAAACAAAUAAGAAACGGAAACCAAACCAGGGGCUGACAAUGCAAAAGACUCUACAAAAUCAAUGGAAACGAUUGAAAUCUUAUAUAUACAUAUAUCUACUGUAUACUGUAUAGGAAACUGAUGUGGCACAUAACUGUUGUUUUUUUUUUUUUUGCAUGUAUGGGCAGAAGAUAUACCUAACUUGUAUGAAUAUACACAUAUGUAUUCGAUAUACGAUAUACUACGAUAUUGAGUAUCAAAUUAGUGCAAUGUAAUUAUCACGCUAAUAUCAAAGGCAAAUCAAAUUAUGAAUAUAUACAUACAUACAAAUACUAUAAACAUAUACACAGUGCAUUUCAAAUAAGUGUUGGACAGUGUUUGAAAAAAAUGUGGCAAAUUCCAAUUAAUGAAGCGACACAAAAUGAAAUUGGAAUGCAAUUAAGGAAUACAAAAAAAAAAAAAAGAAGAAAGCAAAUGAAAUGAAAAGCACUUUACAAAACAAACAACAAGAUGCAUACAUAUACGAAACGAUACAUAUAUAACUAUGUACAAAGAAUAAUAAUCAAAAUGAGAGAUCUGAAUCUUAACUCAAGCCUAAAACUCUGUACCAGCGAAACAUAACCAAAUGAAUGUAACAAUCAAAACAACAAUAAGUCGAGAGAAUAAAAACAAUUAUGUACUAUUAUUCCAUAGAUAAAUAUGGGUCUAUAUGGGUGUCUAUAAAAUAUCCUCUAUAAGCAGCUCACCGAAUCAAACCCAACCGAAUCCCCAACCCAACCCAACCAAAAAGCGCAAGAAAAAAGCGCGCAAACCCCAAGCGAAAACUUCAAAUUGUCGUUGUUUUUAUUUUAGUUGUAAUUUAUUUUUUAUAUAAAUAUAUUCAAACACACACACAUAUUAUAUAGAUAUAUGGAUUAUAUAUGUACAUAUGUAUGUAUUCUUACCUUCCUCCCUGUGUGAUCUCUCUAUCUCUACACCGAGUAUAAAUGUUGUGGAUUACCCAUAUAUGUAUAUGUGUAUGUAUCUUUAUACGACGCAAUUAAUGCGAUAACAGAAACUCAGACAACUCUCUUUGUAAAUGUACCUUUUUGUCAGCAGAGUACCAGAGCCGAGAAAUAAAUCAUUUGCUUUUAUAUCUGAUUUUUAUCUCAAUUACAAUGGCAUAUAAUAUAUACCCAAGCAGCCAAUUCCCCGUCACACCUGCAAUGAAAAAUAAAAAAAUAGUCAAUAAAUAGCGAAAAAUUUGAUACCAGUCAACACCGUCCUUCCUCAUCGCCUGGAAGAUUUUGGCUCCAUGAUGCCAAUCUGGAGAUCCAUCGUUGGCAUGUGCCUGUGUGCACGAGUAAAUCCGACAAUGUUUAUGCAAGACGAAUGCACAUUGCUACAACCCGCCACUUCAAUCAAUUUGUUUGAUUAUUUUAUAAUUGAAUCCUUGGCAAUGGCUUCGUCGAACAUGAGCACGGGAGGAUGACAUCAAUGCACGCAGCUCCAUGUCACCUGACCUUUGGUGGCCUGAUAUGGAUUCUGAGUGUCCAGAAGCUGAAGGAUUCAACUGGAUUCAGCUUAUAUGAAAUAUCA